UCAUAAACCAUCGCCAAGUGCCAUUUCGAGGCCCCGAAGUCAAUUCCUCGAUUGAGUCGAGCGUGUCGUGACCCCGAGGAAUAAAAAAAACGAAACAAAAAUCAUGAAUAUGAUUUUGUAACUCAGCCUUCCAGUCGCUGCGUUGUCACACACUCGAGUGGGGAAGGUGCAUAGUGGGGCGGGUCGUCAGGGAGGAGAAAGAGAGAGGCCUAGGGGCACUCGGUAAAGUUAGAGUGAAACAUAAAGCCGGCGAGGUGGGUUGCCAUGUCCCUCCUGCCCCGUGGGUUCGUCGUGACGAACGCAAAAUUCAUUCGCUCGGCUUUCCCUGGACGAUUACCCGGUGCAUCGGUGAUUGCCGAGUCACGAGUAUCAAGGCUGUUCGAUUCCAGACGUUCGAAAGGUUUUGGGGAUUCAUUUGUUCGGGGAUUUGGUGCAUCCGCUGCUGCGAUGGCUAAGAUUAAGGCAGGUCCAGUUGUCGACAUCCUGGGGGACGAGAUGACCCGAAUAAUCUGGGACUCAAUAAAAACCAAGCUGAUCCUCCCCUACUUGGACAUUGAACUCCACACAUACGACUUGGGAAUCGAGCACCGUGACGCCACCUCCGACCAAGUGACAAUCGACUGCGCUGAGGCAAUAAAAAAGUACAACGUCGGUAUAAAAUGUGCGACAAUAACUCCAGACGAGAAGAGAGUCGAGGAGUUCAAGCUCAAGCAAAUGUGGAAGAGUCCCAACGGAACAAUCAGGAACAUCCUGGGAGGAACAGUCUUCAGGGAGGCCAUAAUCUGCAAGAACAUUCCACGUCUCGUGACCGGCUGGAACGAGCCCAUAAUAAUCGGCAGGCAUGCCCACGGCGAUCAGUACAAAGCAACGGAUUUUGUGGUGCCUGGUGCAGGAAAAUUAGAGAUAACUUGGACUGGCACUGAUGGAAACAAGAUUCAGCACACAGUUCACGAGUUCAAAGGGGCUGGAAUAGCUCAGGCUCAGUUCAAUACCGAUGAGAGCAUCAGGGCAUUUGCCCACAGCUCUCUGCAGUACGCACUGUCCAGGAAGUAUCCCCUGUACCUGUCCACCAAGAAUACAAUUCUGAAGAAAUAUGAUGGAAGGUUCAAGGACAUCUUCCAGGAGAUCUACGACGCCGAGUACAAAACGAAAUACGAAUCGGCAGGCAUCUGGUACGAGCACCGUCUGAUUGACGACAUGGUGGCCUACGCCAUGAAGUCAGAGGGGGGCUUCGUCUGGGCCUGCAAGAACUACGACGGUGACGUGCAGUCGGACUCUGUCGCCCAGGGCUUCGGCUCCCUGGGGAUGAUGACCUCAGUCCUCAUCUGCCCCGAUGGCAAAACUGUCGAGGCCGAGGCAGCCCACGGGACCGUCACUCGUCACUACAGGCAGUAUCAGCUGGGCAAGGAGACCUCCACCAACCCCAUCGCCUCCAUCUUCGCCUGGACUAGGGGACUCCUUCAUCGUGCUGAACUGGACAAGAAUCCAGAGCUCAAGAAUUUUGCUGAGACCCUCGAGAGAGUCUGCGUCAGCACCAUCGAGGAGGGCUUCAUGACCAAGGAUCUUGCCAUUUGCAUCAAGGGAAUGAGCAGCGUCACCAGGUCUGACUACCUGGAGACCUUCGAGUUCAUGGACAAACUCGCCGGUAAUUUAAAAAAACAACUGGGGAAGUAGGGGGACUCGUCAUGAGUCGGUUGUAAUGGGUUUAUGAAUUUUUAAUCUGUUUUUACGUGCUUUUUGUACUUUCUAAGCGAUAUUUGCACUGAUGUAAGAAAUAAAGUUUGUAAUUUCAAA